AUGGUCAGUGUGGAGUUCUAUGAAGGACAAAAGGCGGAUGAUAAAAUUAUGAGUUCGAGUAUCUCGGCAUAUUCGAAUGAUACGCUCAACUACUCUGUGUAUGAGCAGGCAUAUGUGUUCCCGUCCGCUAUCACGGCUCUGGCCACAACUACGACCAAGUUUGGUAUAACUAGCAAGGAUCUCAUCGUUGCCACAGCGAACAGGAAGAUCCAGUCAUUCCCUAGGCGGAUCUUUGAUCCUCGGCGCCCAUCGCGCAAGAUGACAGCUGAAGAUCAGGAAGAGCUCCUCAUCCAGUACGACCCUCUGAUCCCCAACGAUCCGAAGAGGGCGCUAUCCCAUAACUACGACGUUGCAAACGUGCAAAAAAUUAUCACCGCUCCUGCUCUUCUCGAGUCGACUUCGCUCGUCUUCGCAUACGGCCUCGACAUGUUCCUCACGCGCGUGACACCGUCCAACACGUUCGACGUUUUGAGCGAGAGCUUUAACAAGGUGCAGCUUGUGCUUACAGUUACGGGUCUGUUGGUCGCGAUCUUGGUGACGAGACCGAUGGUGAAGAGGAAGAGCUUGAGGGAGAAAUGGUAUAAUUAA